AUGUGUCUCAUUAGUGCCGCAUCUUAUGCUGAUCACCCUCAGAGCUGUCUAAGCCAGGCAGUCGGUGAUUCUCAGGUAGUGAAGCAGUACGCAGUCAAAUGUAAUCAUUCAAAUAGGAGUAUAUGUGCAGGGUUCAUAGCUAUUAGUAAGAAAGCCAUUAUUCUAGCUUUUCGGGGAUCAACAUCAGUUCUGCAAGUAGUUGAAGAAAUAAAUGAAGUCGCUUUUAGCGCAACAGUGCCAUUCAUUGGAGGAGGAAACGUUGGAAGAUAUUUUAAUGAUGCAUUUAUGGAUAUAUGGAAUGACAGCAUGAAGGAUGAUUUCAUUAAUUUGACUAUGGAAUAUCCCAAUCAUUUUAUAUGGGUAACUGGUCACUCACUUGGUGGAGCGAUCGCAUCAUUAACUGCUGGUGCAAUAGUUGCAGAAAAACUCUGUGAUGCUAAUCGCAUUAGAAUGGUUACUUUUGGACAACCAAGAACUGGUGAUUACAAUUUCGCUAGUAGACAAGAUCAAAAUAUUCCUUAUUCAUUUCGCGUAACCCACGCUGCUGAUAUCGUCCCACAUAUUCCACCGCAGAACUUUCAUGGCUUCAAUCAUCAUGGUGUCGAAGUUUGGUAUAAUAAUGAAAUGUCUGUCAAAGAUUCUUAUUUAAUUUGUAUUGGAUCAGAUCCACUGAACUGUAGCAAUUCGAUCCCCGCCAUUUCAAUUGAAGACCAUCGGCGCUAUUAUGGAAUUCUAAUGAGUCUAUAUUGGAUGCAAAAUUGCACUAAUAUCAACUAUAAUCUGAAGUUGUAA